AUGCAAUUUACGGAGGAACAGGCGGCGGAGGUUAAGGCAUGGGUUGUCAAGAGGUUGGAGGAUAUAUCUGAUGCGGACUCGGACGUAUUGGCGGAUUAUGUACUGGCCUUGAUCCGGUCCGAUGCCCCCGAUGAAGAUAUCCGGAAAGCUUCUGUGGAAAAUUUGGAGGAUUUUUUGAAAGAGAAUACCAUCGCCUUCGUCGACGAGAUCUUUACCAAAUUCAACCCUAAGCCUCAGCUUGUUCAAGCCCAAGUUCAACCAACUCCCCACCAACAACCUCCGGAAUCCGCCGUCGUUAUGGCAGUCGCUCCACCACAGGAACAAACCAUCCCCUCCGAUACGAUAUCCAGGGCCCCAUUUGGCCACGGACAAACCAAUGUAAGACCCAACCCGCCAGCCACAGGCAGCUUUGAAAGCACCGGCAGAUCGAGCUUCUCCAGAAAACGUGCCUUCAACGAAGGACCACAGGCUGGCGACGACCAUGAUCUACAUUAUAACCGCGCGGAUCGGCCGUUUAAAUCCAUGCGAGGUCGCCGUGGUGGGCGCGGGGAUAGUCGCGUGCUUGUAAAUAAUAAUAAUAAUCACAACAACAACAUUAGCAAUGGGCGAAUGGGCCCCGCACAUCUAAACCACCAGCAGCAGCAACAGCAGCAACCGGCCGGCGGCGGGUUCCAAGGAAUGGCUCCUGUUGCUACCUCAGCUGGAUUUUCUCCCUUCAACCCCAGCGAUCCCAUUGCUGCCAUGAUGACGCUACAGGCAGCCAUGGGGUUUCCACAAAUCCCUGGUAUGCCCCCGCUCCCUCAUCUGCCCGCUUCGACGGGCGCGCCGGGCCCCAGCCAGCCGUCGGCGAGCACAUCGCCGGCGCCUGGUAGCAUUCCCCAAAGAUGCGUGGAUUAUGAUACACAAGGGUUUUGUGUGUUGGGGAAAUAUGACCCUACGAAGUCAUAUCUUGUCUUGGAUAGACCGCUUGGUGCUACAAAUGGCCACGGCUUAGCGGGAGCUUCUCGGGCUGGUGAUAAAGGCGGGCGUGGCCGUAGUCGCGGUAGGGGAGAUCGAGGCGGUUUCACGGGCCCCCGACGGAAUCGCGCUGAAUUUUCGCAGGCCGGGCCAAAUGAGGAUAGAUCGAUUACCACGAUUGUCGUCGAGCAGAUCCCAGAGGAUAAGUUUGACGAGGCCAUCGUGCGCGAGUUCUUUUCUGAGUUUGGCAAUAUUGUCGAGGUUACUAUGCAACCAUAUAAACACUUGGCCCUUGUGAAAUACGACAGCUGGGCAGCGGCACGUCGUGCUUGGGCAAGUCCGAAAGUCAUCUUCGACAACCGGUUUGUGAAAGUUUAUUGGUAUAAGCCGGGAUCGAAAUCUGAGACAAAUGGAGCCGGUGAUCAUCACCAUCCCAACAAAUCAGACGAAAAGCCUUUCGAUUCGGAGGAAUUCGAGAAGCAACAAGCCGAAGCGCAAAGACAGCACGAGGAAAAGAUGAAGAAACGAAAGGAGACCGAAGAGGCAAGACUAGCGCUUGAGAAGCAGAAGGAGGAUCUGUUGAAGAGACAACAGGAGGAGAAGGCGAGGUUACUCCAGCGGCUCGGUUCGCAGCGGCCGCAUGAAGCGGAUGGAAUGAAGGGCACCUCGCCUGCGGCAGCUGAUUCGGAUACGAUAAAGGCGUCAUCAUCGUCUUCUCACCCUGACGAAAAUGUUAGCGAGCAGACGAAGAUGUUGCGUGCGCAGCUGGCGGCGCUUGAAGCGGAGGCUAAAAGUCUAGGCCUGGACCCGGCGCUAUCGGAUCCGCAAUACCCUCCCCGGGGCCGUGGCAGGGUUUGGGUUGGGUAUCGAGGCGGGAGAGGUGCCUUCGGAGCCAGGGGUCGUGGCUUUGACCCUGCGUUCCGUGGUGGUGGGACUUACCGAGGCCGGGGCAGUGUGCCGCGAGGUCGGGGCGGUGUGUUGCGGCUUGACAAUCGGCCCAGGUGUGUUGCUGUAUCUGGCGUCGAGUUCAACGCUGAGAAGGAUGAGGCGUUGAGGCAGUUUCUUUUGGGGGUUGGCGAAUAUGAAAGCAUAGAACCAAACCCAGACCAACCCGACUCGCAAAUCGUCUCUUUCAAGGACCGCUACGUCGCUGAGAAGCUCAUGUACGGUCCCACGGAUAUCCCAUCGGUGGGCAAAGUAGAGUUCUCAUGGGUUGCAAAUAAUUCCUCUUCUGCGUCAGGAACCCGUGACAACUCUGUCUCUGCGCCGCCGCUGCUCCAGCAUCAGGGUUAUGCAGCAGAGAAAGGAGACGAGAUUGUCCAUAUUGGUGAUAAUGGGACUAGCCAUGAGACUGAUUCAAUGAUGCUGCGGAAGGAUGCGGGUGGUCAGCAUGAGGUUGAUUAUGAUGUGGCGGAGAUGGAUGAUGCGUGGGCGUGA